AUGAAGGCUGUUGAAGGUUCAAGUCUUGGUGCACAAACUGUUGACAUUUUGCUGCUGGCACUAGCUAAUGAUGCAUGUAUUUGCUUGACAGCCAUUAAUGAAUUUCCUGAAGAUGUAUUUACAAAUAAAGAACGGCAGCAAGGAGGAGUUCUGCUUCAUAUCAUUGCCGCUCUUUAUAUGUUUUAUGCUUUGGCUAUAGUAUGUGAUGACUUCUUUGUUCCAUCCUUAGAGAAAAUUUGUGAGAAACUGCAUUUGAGUGAAGAUGUUGCUGGAGCCACAUUCAUGGCAGCAGGAAGCUCCACUCCAGAACUAUUUGCGUCUGUUAUAGGUGUAUUUAUCACUCACGGAGAUGUAGGAGUAGGGACCAUUGUGGGUUAAGCAGUUUUCAACAUUCUCUGCAUUGUUGGUGUCUGUGGAAUGUUUGCAGGACAGGUGGUUUGUCUCACGCAGUGGGCUGUGUUCCGGGACUCUGUGUACUACACAAUAUCUGUGAUUGUACUUAUAGUUUUCAUAUAUGAUGAGAAAAUAGAGUGGUGGGAAAGCCUUGUACUCAUCAUUAUGUAUUCAUUCUACAUACUUAUCAUGAAGUACAAUGUGAGGAUGCAAAAUUUCUUCACCCUUAAAAGCAAGAAUGUUGGAAAUGGUGACACAGUCAACAAUGAGCUUGAAGAUGGUAAUAAAUAUUAUGCCUCUAGUUGUGAUGACCCAUCCAUUCCAUUACUAUGGAAAGUGAAGGGGGUGCAGCAGUAUGGCAAAAACAGUGUUGUGAUGGUGGAUGAGAUCAUCUGUUCCAGUCCCCCCAAAUAUCGGUUCCCUGAAGCUGGAUUACGGAUUAUGAUUACAAAUAAGUUUGGACCACGCACCAGAAUGCGGAUGGCAAGCCGACUUAUCAUUAACGAGCGUCAGCGGUUAAUCCAAUCUGCCAAUGGCUCAAGCAAACCACUUCAGAAUAGGAGACAUGAGAAUAUUGAAAAUGGGAACAUCCCUGUGGUGAAUCAAGAGGAGGAAAAUGAGCAAGAAAAUCUAUCUCCCUUUUCAUUGCCAGAGGCAAAGGGAGAGCUGGUAAAGUAGGUUUAUAUUAAAAAACAUCGGACCAACCCAUUGAGCACUGCACUGCUAGUAAUUUUGAAGUCAACAGUUAAUAAUGACCUGCUGGAGAUUGCUAAGCCAGAGGCUAG